AUGAUUCUCGAAGCGCCUCCUCCUCGUCGCUACAUUUCCAGCGCGCCCAUCUCCCUCAGCGCUGCAUCCAGCAUUCUAGAAAAGUACCUCUCAAACUCAGAAACGCACCCACACCUCCACCCCGAUGCGACAAUCACACCAGAAGGCGUCGCAUUCAAUGCGCAAGGCGGUGCCAUGGGUAACCCAAUUAUGCACCACUUGCGCCGUGUAGCAGCGGGUAUGCGCGGCGAGUACCAAGAGCCAGAGCGAGCGCUGGAUCUCGAAGAAGACCAACAAGAUGUCACCGCCGACGUCACUGUUAGUGGUGGCAAGGGCAAGACGGGCAAGAAAGCUGCAGGUGCCGAUGACGACUGGCAAGACUUGGCCUCGUAUCAAGCGGAGCAAGGGGACAUUGAGAUUGGCGAGAUUGGGGAUAGGACAAACGUUGUGCAGGAGGGUGGUGAGGAGCCCCAAGUACAAUCGACCAAGGGCAAGGACAAGAAGAAGAGGAAGAACGAGCAGGCGGAGGAGCAGGCCCCAGCGGAUGGCCAGAUAGACAAGGAAGCGAGGAAGAGGGCGAAGAAGGAGCGAGAUCAGCAAAGGAAAAAGGACAAGGCGGCCAAAGGGAAGUCGACUGAGUAA